ACGGAAGUUAAAUCUGACUUCACAGGUUGGAUGUUCUAGUGAUAUCGGGGGAAAUUCUGGAGUUGUGUAUUUCAUGAAUGAAUCAUCUGAUAUUUCCAAUAUCAUUAAUUCUGACACAAAGACAUCUUUUAUAAUUGUCUUGGACAUUAAUCAGUUUGUAAACUCUACCUUGAUGCUGUAUUUGCGUUCAAUACAAAACAUAAACGGACUUGUUGUUUUUUCCAACAAUGACGACAACUUUGAAAAUUAUGCUUUCUCAGAAUCCACAAAAUGCCCAAAUAGCCAGUAUAGUGCAUACCCAUGGGAUAAGCAAUGCAAUAUUGGUUCAGACUGGAACCCAGCGGGAUCAGGAUAUUCAGACAUUGAUUGGCCUUUCCCUGUCGUUUAUGUCGCUGAUGUCAAUAGCACUAUUAAGAAUGCAAUUCAUGAAUGUUACUCCAAAUUUAACCUAGCACCUUCCGAUGAUACAAGGUGCUCAAUUGAAAUAAGUAAUCCUAUGUCAGCCGUGGGAUCAUCUGAAACUUGCUUUCGCCGUCAGUAUCUUAUGUCGCUUCACAUUUCAGAGGCUACCGAGAUUUUCUGUGAUGAGCUUACGGGACUUAACAUUAUUCUUGCAGCGACUAAUUCUACCAACUACUUGAACCAUACUGGGAUGAAUCUCGAUACUAGAAGUCGGCGUGAAAAUUCCACUCUUUUUGUACUGUCUCGAAUGGACUCUCGCAGCAUGUUUGAACGCAGUGGAUUCUCAAAUCAAGGUGUUCUCCCAAGUAUAGCUGUCUUAAUUUCAGUAGCUGCGCAUCUGACGGGACAGAACCUAAAAGAUUCAGACUUGGAAAAAGAUUUAUUCUUUGGAUUUCUUGACAAUGAAGCAUAUGAUUUUAUGGGAUCAUACAGACUUUCAUAUGAUUUGAUUGCCGGAAAUAUUGCUCGUUAUUCUGACAGUCCUGUAAUGUGGAACAGUCUUUAUGGUAUCAUAGAGUUGGGCGAAAUUGGACUGUCUCAAUAUCAUAACGGUGCUCCUACAAUUUACAUGUUGACGGAUGCUGAAACUUGCAACCAGACGCAAAACGUUACAAAUUUUCUGCUAAAUCAUCUGACUGCUGCAAGUGCGACAGGUGGGAAGGUUAACCUAGAGCGACCUUCAGAUAUGUUACAGGAGCUACCUCUACCACCUACAGCGUCAAUGCAAGCCCUUCUCAAAACUUCUCCAUAUCCACUCCCCCAUGUUCUCUUGAGUGAUCAUGCUGGUCCACCGAUUUUGAAUAAACAUUUCGAAAGCUUUCUGGACACAUCAUGGCCUCCAAUGGAUAAUCCUGCUGCCGACUCAACUCUUCUGGAUUUGGCCAACACCUUAGCAGAUGCUUUACAUAGAAUUAUUACUGCAAAUCAUACACCUAUGCCUUCCAGCAUAACUUAUCCGAAGCCUAGUGACAUUAUGUAUUGUUUUACGAAAAACCCGCAGUGUGAUCUCUUCAAAAAGUACCUUAGUCCUGAAGAUUUCCAGUUCUUAAAAAUGUUAAGAACACCAGUAUCUGCACAAAGCUACCUACCCCUCGGUCGACAUGAAAUAAAGGUAUCACAUUUGGUCAGUAUCUUGUUAAUGGGCCUAACUGGUAAGCGAACUUCAAGUCCUACUUGUCCACCUCCUGAAGAAAGAGGUCCUUUUACAUACUGGAUGGGAUAUUUCCGAGAGUCAAAGCCUCCAAUACUUGCUAUAUUCAAAAGUUAA